AUGGCGCGUGGGGAAAUAGUCGACGUCUUCGUCUCCCUGGCAAUGCGACCUCACAGUCGUUGCUUGCACCAAGCCCCACGGUUGUCUGCGAGAACUCUCCGAUAUGCUUCCACGUCGACCACGCCCGCGAAACCCGCUCUGCCGGCGAAGUCCAGAACUGAUGCUCCCAAACCAUCUAUACCACUCCAUGUAGGGCUGGACCGCAAUCCCGAGGGACUUUCCGCCAUCUCAAGAAUCCCCAUCCCCAAGGGAGAGAAAGGCGAGAAAUUCAUACCCUCUGUGUUAGCGCGACCUCUCGGUCUCACAUAUCCUCCUCGCCCGGGACAGAACAGUCCCAUCGACCGCCGGACGCUCCAAGAGAAAAAGGCCGACUUCACGAGCUACCAAAAAGCCCUAGAACGGCGGCGAGUCUACCUCCGGUCGUUCUUCCGUCCAUACUUUCAGGAAUGGCGUCGGGUAGACCAUUGGAAAGGCAAAAGCUUUGUCUCGAACGACAGGCUAUUCAAAAGGGAAAAGGCGUUGUACUUUCCAAACAUAUGGGGCCAGACUCUCUCAAAAGACGGGGACGGACCAGAUGGUGGGCGAGACACCACUCCGGUCCUCAUGGGCAAGAUCUCCAUCAUCGCCAUGCAGUCAGGACAAUGGGCAGAGGAGCAAGUCGACACCUUCGUCAGCGAGAAGUCGAAUCCGCGAUUACAGGACAUCAUUGCGCAAAGCGACGGUCUGGUGCAACGAGUCGACAUCAACAUGCAAGGAGACUGGGCGCGGUCUUUGCUGGUCAAGCUAUUCAGCGGGAGAUUGAGAAAAUUGGUACCGGAGGACCGCUGGAACCGUUACUUCAUGAUCAAGCUGCCUCGAGACAUUCGUCGUGGAUUGUCAGAUGAUGUGCGAGACGCCAUGGGUCUGCUCAAUUCUCAGGUUGGAUACGUCUACCUGGUCGAUUCGAGCUGCAAGAUCCGAUGGGCCGGAAGUGGCCAUGCAUGGGAAGGGGAAGUGGACGGCCUCAACGCCGUCCUCCAGAGACUGAUACAAGAAGAAAGAGCGCUGCAAUCAUCGUCACAAUCGACCAACUCGGUUGCACAGUCACAGCGAUCACCCGCGAUCACGAAAUCAACCCCGAACUCCGCCGACACAAGCCCAGAUGCAAUUCCGUCCGCCGCUGUAGCUUGA